AUGUCGUGGCUGAUACCUUCCUUACUGGGACUCCCCUCAUGGUCUCGCUCAAGUCCAGCCUCGACCUCGACCUCCCCCCAGCUCAACGGGCAUGACGAGUCUACGGAGGACGAGGACCUGGAUAUCCCCCCUCAGUUCCCUCUCCCAGACUCUGCUCAGCGGUCGCAAGCACCAGCCAAAGCUGCACCGGAACCAUCCCCCGCAUUCAACCUCUGUCCUCCCUCCCCUACCAAAUCUGUCAAUGACGAGCCGCCGUCCGAUCUCAACAUCGCCAUCAUAGCAGAUGCUAUACCAAUAGGAGAUAUGGCUCCUCCUCCGUCUACAACCGAGAAGCCGGACUUUGGGAUCCAGAAUGGAGGUGGAUUAGGAGCCAAGGAGGAAACGAAACCUGUCAAGCUGGCGCCAAAGUCGAAGAAGAAGGGGAAGGUCGCGCUUGCCCCUGGAUGUUCAGCUCUGGACUGGGCAAGACUAUGUCAGAGUGGGAAGGAUCUCAAGGGGACAUCGAGCAUGUUCCCGAUACGAGUCACGAUGGACGAGCUGAAAAAGCACAACACCCCUGAAGACGCUUGGUCGGUAUUCAACGGAAGAGUGUACAACAUCACUCCGUACCUUCCAUUCCAUCCGGGCGGAGCGGACGAGAUGAUGCGCGUUGCAGGGAGAGACGGCACCAAGCUCUUCAGCAAGUCCUAA